CUCUUUUUCUCGUUUUUUUUUUUUUCACUUGUCCGAAAAAAAAACAAGGUGGAUCUUCUUUCAAAAAGGAGGUUUAGUCUCUUCCUCUCUCUCUCUCUCUAUUUAUCUAUUAAUUUUAUUCGUACUUCCUUUUUUUAUUAUUAUAUCUGUUAUUUUUUUUUUUUUUACCAACCAAUCAAAAUGACUAGCAGUAUUCAAUCUUCCAUUGCUGAUCUGACGACAGAAACUAGAUCUACUACUGGUGAAAUCCCUCCACCGCUGGUCGGUGCCUCAACAACCAUUGUAGGCAAUUAUAUGUAUGUAUUUGGUGGAAGACUAGUAGCUUCACGAGAAAUGACCAACCAUCUUUAUAUGCUCAAUCUGACAACUUUAGUAUGGGAAAGACAUAUUGGUCCUCCAGAUUCCGCUCCUCCUCCUCAACCUCGUUACUUUCAUUCUGCCAACAUUUACAACAAAUCAUUGGUCAUAUUUGGUGGUAUGAGUCAUGCACAUCGAAACUCUGCUACUCAAGGCUUGUGUGCGCUGGACGACCUUUGCCUCUUCGACUUGGAAACUCUUUCCUGGAUUUAUCCUGAAGUGAGUCCUAGUAUCUUUACUCCUCAAGCAAGAUACGCUCAUUUGGCUGAAUGUGCAAACGAUCGACUCAUGGUGAUUGGUGGUCAAGACAUGUCAAAUCAAUAUAUCAAUGAAAUCAACGUAUUCGAUUUGAAAUCAUCUGCUUGGAUACAAGGUGGACCUGUCGAUCAACAAUAUGGUGCUUAUCGAGCCGUGGCUUUCUGUCCUCUACCUAUCAACAAAGGCAAUUCUCCAUUAUGGCCUCAAAGUGACAACAAUACUGACAUUCCUUUAUGUGUUUACUCCAAUUACAACUUUGCUGAUGUUACUAGAGACUUACAAAGCUGUCGACCACUUCAUGAUCAUCCUGUUUCUUUCAAAGAUCAUUCAGAUGAUAUGUCAGGUACUCUUCUUCCUCCUGGACUCCGUUUUCCUUCUGGACAUUUACUUGGCCACCAUAUGAUCAUGACUGGUACCUAUCUUACACCCACUCAUCGAUCCUUUCAUUUAUGGGCAUUGAAUUUGGCAAAUCUUGUUUGGGUACGUGUUGACACUGGUUCUAUCUUAUCUACUGGUUCCUGGAAUCGCGGUGUACUUCAUCAUGAUCAACAAAAGUUCUAUGUUGUCGGCAAUCGGGAUAGAGACCUAUUGGAAGAUUAUAAUCAUCGACAAAUUAAUUUUGAUCACGUGUCUAUUGUGGAUUUGGAAGCUUUUGGAAUCUACACUCAUCCUGAAUCAACAUGUGCACCUAUUGCUCAAGAACUAGGUCUUAGUAUGCUGAACGAACCAAGUAUGGCUGACAUGGAAAUCAUAUCGACUGAUCGAAAAUCAAUUCCAAUCAAUUCAACCGUUUUGGCCCAAAGAUGGAAAUAUUUUGCUCAACUUGUGGAAAAGGAUGGAAAACAUCAUCAUGGAAAACGACUACAGUUCACGGAAUCAUAUGCUGUCACCUUGGCCUUUUUACAAUAUCUUUAUACCGAUCAUCUGAUGACUGCUCAACAACAUCAACCCAAUAUCCUUUCUCGACUUUUGAUUCUUGCUCAUAUGUUUGACAUGCCUCGACUGAUUCAACUUACCACUCAUGCUCUUCACCAGAUACUCACCAUUUCUACUGCAAGUAUGGUAUAUGAAACCGCUGCAUUGACAUGUCGGACAGCUUUACAAAUUCGUGCUCUACGGGUGAUGAUCAAUACAAGGAAAAUGCUUCAACAACAACAACAAUUGAAUGUGACUCCAUCCAAAUCAACCUCACCACUAUUACCGAUGAUGAAUUCUCACGCAAAUGUAGCAAAUGGCAUGGUCGAAGAUCAUCAUGCAGGAUUACAUACACCAGUUUCUUUAGUUCCUUCUACUUCACAACACCAUCAACCUAGGUCACCCGUCAGUUACCAGAGCUCUUUAUCAAAUGAAUCACAUCCUCAUCAAAAUUUACGACGUAUGGCUCAAUCAAAAUCAAAUCAACAGUAUGAUCCACAAGAAUUGAUGAGACAAUCACCUAUACCAACUUCAACGAAAUCAGGCACCAUCGGUCAAUACAACAACAAUUCUUUUUUGACAAGACAACGACAGGGUAGCUUUGCUCAUGGUCAACCUCUACCUCCCAAUAUGGAUCGCCCCAACAUUGGUAUUCGGUUUUGAAUAUCAUAGGUUUGGAAUAUUAGUUUAGUACCACUUAUUUUUUUUUUUAUCAAUGUGGAUGAUACUAUUUUAUUUAUAUAAUUUCCUCUUCGUUUUUAUUUUAAUAUCUUUGUCAUAGAUAAAUAAAGGACUCAGAAUUAUUAUUAU